AGAGCGCCCGGCAGGAGCGCCGUGGUGCAUGCGCGGUGUGCUGCUGGCGUCUGCGGGAGAAGUCCGGCAGCGGUGCGUCGGGAUGUGGUAUGAAAUUCUGCCCUCGGCGGCUCUUAUGUACGUGGGGUUGAUCAUCCCCGGAAUUGCCACUAUCUACAUCCACCGAUACACAAACAACGGCAAGAAUAAAAGAGUGAUACAAGAUAUAAAAGACUGGCAAGCACUGCAAAGAGAGAAACGUGUCUGUAGCACUGGAUUGAAGGGUUUGGAGAACAUUGACUGAAGCCAUGGGGUGAAUAUUCUUAUUUCAUGAAUAAAACAAAAUCUAAAGCAAGUGUGCUGUGAAAGUGUUACAAACUUGUGAGCAGGAAAACAGGAUUCUAAAGCAAAGCUACUACCAUGGCAAUAAAAAUACAGACAACGUAAUACAA